UAAAACAGGGUGCCAGUAUUGUGUACAUUUAUCUGUAAUGCACUAGAGACUUGUAAUAAAAUAUCUACACAAUGUUUGGUAGGGUGAGCCAGGACUACCAGGUUCUGAAGGGUCCUCUGGAUAUUCAGGAGCUAUGGGUUUCCUUGGUGUGCCUGGAGAAACAGGUGAACUUGGCCCCCCAGGGAAAAAGGGUGAACCUGGUUUGCCUGGACCUCAGGGUGGAUCAGGAAUAGAAGGAGAAAUUGUAAGUGAUCAGUCUCUCUCUUUCUCUGCUUGUCACUGGAAGCUUUGUAGAGAUGCUGAAGCCAGAAGUAGCAGCUGGUUUUGCAUUUCAGGGGGAUGCUGGUGGGAGUGGUGAGGAUGGUGGCUCUGGUGAUCCAGGAGAGAAGGGUUCCCAAGGAAGACCAGGAAAACAAGGACCUCAGGGGCCUGUGGGACUCAAGGGCUUUGCCGGUGCCGAAGGAAACAAAGGAGAUAACGGAGAACAAGGAUAUAGGGGUUAUCCAGGAGCCCCAGGAGAGACUGGAGAAGGUGGGCCAAAGGGCAAUGAAGGAUCUCCAGGAAUACCAGGCAGUGAUAGCACUCCAGGAAUGGAUGGUCCUCUAGGAAUACCAGGAUUAGAAGGCAAGAUUGGACUCAUGGGACCAAAGGGAGCUAAAGGCAAGCGAGGUCCAAGAGGCCCACCUGGAAGGCCAGGUUCCAUGGGUGCCAAAGGUGAAAUGGGGGAUCCUGGCCUACCAGGUAAUCCUGGCCCUAAAGGAAUAAAAGGCCAAAAGGGGGCUCAAGGUGAGACUGGAGAUGACGGCCCAAAGGGUGAUGUGGGAAGAAAAGGAAGCUGUGGGGAUGCUGGACCCCAGGGGGAUGUUGGAGACAGAGGAGACAAAGGACAAGGUCCAGGGAUGCCUGAGGAGCAGGUGUAUGAACUGUGA